UUAGGUUCUCAUGGCAUCCACGUCAAUUCAAAUAGCAAAAACAAAUUCUUCUCAAACGUUUUGACAUGGUAGGCAGUGAGUUAUUUCUGUAAGAAACCGAAGCAGCUGUGUUCUCUUUUGAUACUCUUAAUCAUGGCCGAUGAUAUUAUCAGUAGUUUUCCAGACGAAAUCCUUUGUCACAUCCUAUCUUUUCUUCCGACCAAACAUGUUGUCGCAACCAGUGUUCUCUCCAAGCGCUGGAAAUUCCUUUGGCGCUCGCUUCCCUUUUUCGAUUUCCACUAUGACGGAGACCUCUUUGAUUAUGACAGAAACAACGAGGCCUACUCUCAUUUUCUUCACUCCGUGGACUCUUUCUUGCUUUCGCGUGAUAGAGACGAACCCCUCCAUAGAUUUCGCCUCAGAUCUGACUCUACCUAUGGUCAUCCUGUAAGUAUCCAGAGAUGGAUUACGGCUGCAGUGAGUGGAAGCGUUCGACACCUCGACCUCUAUUUGGAUUGGGGCUUUGUCAUGCCUUCUGUGGUGUUUAGCUGCAAAACUCUUGUAGUUCUCAAGUUGACUUUCAUACAAGUGGAAAAUACUUUCUCUGUUGACUUGCCCUUGCUUAAGAUCUUGCAUUUGAAUAAUAUUUCUUCACCCGAAGGUCUAGAUCUUUCAAAGCUUCUCUCUGGGUGUCCUAAUCUUGAGGACUUGGAAGUCAAAGGUUUCAUUUCUACAACUAAAGGGAAGUUUAUCAGAUUGCCCAAGUUGGUUAGAGCCAGCAUCCAUGAAGAUUUACUUCCAUUGGAAGUUGUUAAGGAUGUUGAAGUUUUGUUCUUGGAUUCGAAAUAUCAACAAAUCCUAGAUUUUGACUUUCAGAAUUUAGUUCGACUUGAAUUGAUUUUGCAGCUUAGCAAGGAUUGGCUUGGGGUCUUGGAAGUGCUUGAGCAUUGUCCCAAGCUUCAAACCCUUCUCGUUUGCAUUUAUAAGAGCAGUUUUGAUACAUUUUUGGCCGGCCAUGAAGAAGUAGUUUGGCCAUAUCCACAAUCUGUUCCUGCUUGCAUUUCAUCACACCUUAAAACCUGUUCUCUUAAAUAUUACAGUGGUUCUAUAGAUGAGAUUCAAUUUGCAAGUUAUAUUAUGGGGAAUGCAAAAUAUCUACGGAUCAUGAAAAUCUACAUUGACAGUGAAUCCCAUUUUACUUUUGGAGAAAAACUUCAUAUGAAAAGAGAAUUAUCCUCGUGCAUGAAGAGCUCGGAUACUUGUACACUUUCAUUUGAAUAGUUAAGGAUUGUUUCUUUUUGUUUGCCUUUCUUUUAGUAAUUGCAAGAAUGUGGACAUGCUUGUCAAAUCAAUCUGCUUUUCU